GUCGGUGCGCUGACAGCGAGUUUGCAGGUCGCCCAGACGAGAUUUGCGGGAUGCUGAGCAUUCUCCUGGCUGCUUCUGUAUGCCUUGCUCGCGGCGCCGCUGCCAGCCCAGCGCCAUCGGCUGGCCAAGUACAGUGGGUGUCCUCCGCGACCGAUGCUGAGCGGACUGGUUUUCAUAUGAUAUCUAACUCGUGGAUGCCAAGCUCGGACCCCGGGGUUCCAUUUGGGGGAUCGACUGUGUUGACACGUCCCAUAGAGGCAGAGAGUAAGAAAGCCAUGAAACUCAUAUUCGCAUUGGCCGCAUACUCGACGAACGUUGCAACCGCCGUAGUGGAUCGCACCGCCAUUAUCGUUGUCUCUGUCGCGGCUGUCUUCGUUAUUCUAUGCCUAGCUUUGCUCGCUGUAUACCGCGCCAAGCGUCUGCGCUCUCGUGGUAUUCGGUCACGCCCCGUAUGGGACUGUCUUUCCGGCGCCCGGCUCUUCAGCACCGGAUCCCGGCGGCGAUCUAUCUCCAGUCUAUCAGCCGCGAACGGCGGCGAAGAUGUGCUUCACGGUGCCUAGGAGGACGAGCCACUCCUUUCGCUCGAAGAUCGAGAUGAGGAAGACGCGACCGAGCUCCACAGCGUUCGCUGUUUCCCAGAGGAUCAUCGUCUCGAUCAGUCGCGGCGCAGCUUUGAGGUAUGCGUACCGAUCAACCGAGUGUCAUCGGAUGCAAUGGAGCUGUCUGUCUUUCGCGGACCGACACGUUUACCCCCUCAACGCAGACUGGAUCCCUUUAACGACUUAUACGCAAUUAAUGCCGCUCAGUAUGACCUAUUGAAUGACGCUUUGUACUCAGGAAUUUCGUCGAACGCAAACUCCUCUGAGCAAGACUCGCUGUCUCGAAUACCUUCCCUCACUCCGUCGUCGCCUCUACGUCCAUCAUCGCCAAUGCUCUUCGCCCCAGCGAUUACUGAGAUUGCUGCGUCGCGGCCUACUCUCAGGCUAGAGCACGCACUCGAUGCUACUUCCAAAUUAUCCACGCCAUACGCAAUCUAUCCCCAUGUUCCUCCAGGGCAAGCUUCGGCCCUAUCAGCUUCCUCCUCCGGCACCUCACC